CAAAACUCAAAAUGGCGUGAGAUCUGAUUUCACGCCUUUUUAGCUCCACGUGAAGUGACUGAUAACGGCUGCGCUCGGGGCUGUUUGCGCAAGCUCGUGUUUGCGCUGUGUGUGUGUGUGUGUGUGUGUGUGCGCAGAGACACUCGAGUGUCCCCCGGCAGUGGCGCUCCGUCGGUGCGCUCGCGAGCCCGUCCCCGUUUCCGGUUUGUCUCCCGGUUGCCGGGCGCCGCGGUGAGUCUUGCGCUCUGUUUGCGCGCAGGCACAAUUACAGCCGCGCGCGCGCAAAUAUUGACUGAGAACACACUGCGGCCCCGGGGGCGCGCGCUCCGCACUCCCGCGGGUAUAAAAUGCUCGUGCAGGGAGGCGUGUAGAGCGGCGAGAGCGAGCGGCGCGCGGAUCUGCACCGGGACACGGAUGGCGGCGAGUGUAAUCAGAACCCUGAGUGGAUUCGGAGCAAGCCUUCCUGCUCAGAGCUGCUACAUUCCUCCUGAUGAAGAUGAGCUUGAGGAUGAAUGUGAAGAGGAACUGAGGGACGAGGUGGAGGUGGAGGACGGCUUUGAGGAGGACGAGGAAGAGUCUUCAGGUGUGGAGUCUCACGUCACAGAUCUGUCAGCGUCUGAUCUGUACACAGAGAUGACUGAUCGCCUGCUACGCUUCGCAGAGCUCAUCAGCAGUGACGUCCAGCGAUACUUCGGACGCAACCGAGACUCGGAAACGUGCGACCUCUACGCGGGAAGGUCACGAGCCGAGGUCAACGGCCGGCACCGGUACUACUCCGACAUCAUUCGAGUGACAUCAUCAGAGCAGGCAGAGGAGCCAAAAAACCUCGGCCCACUUGCAGAACUCUUCCAGAACACUCAGGUGAAGAAACAGGGAUUACCCAUGAUCCAGCGGCGGCUCCCCAGCAGCUUCUGGAACGAACCACUUCCUCAACACCCCGGCGUCUCUGCUGACGUCCCGGACCUGCCGUCUCGCUCCACACAAACCAUCAACACCACCUGCAGCGUCCCUCUAAUCUCCAUGAGCAGCUCCACUACUCCAGACUUCAGCGACCUGCUUGCACACUGGGCUUCCGACAGAGACAACAACCCCGAGUUCACCUGUGAAUACACACUUACCUGAAGAACACACACAACACAACACACAUUCACACAAUACACAACACAUAUUUACACACAAAAUACACACAUUACACAUAUUUACACAAUACAUAAUACACACACGACGUCUUUACACACCCAGAUAUGUGUUUUUUAUAAAAUCCUGUAGAUUUGUAAUUUUUGUACAUUUGUGUAAUUUGAAUAAAGUUUUCUGGUAUUAAA